AUGGACCUCCUCCCCGUCGAGCUGGUGCGAAUCGUCUACCAAUACUGCGACCUGCCUACCGUAACGGCCCUCCGCCUGGCAUCACGAAAAUUUGCCGAUAUAGGAUACGACUACCUCCUCCUAGACCACUUUGCAGUAGUAGAAUGGAGAGAUGAUGUUCAAAGGCUACAUUCGAUUGCUCGCCAUGACCGUCUUCUUGGCAAGCCCCGGUCACUGGUCUUCCAUUUGGCAAAAGUAGAUGUGGGACGGGCCCAAGAGACCACCUCUCUGCAUCAGUGGCUGAGGCGCCGCGAGGGUCAUGACUUCAUUCAGGAGGGCUGGUCUCGCUAUCACAAGCUCGAAGAGCGUGCCACCCUGGUGGCUCCGUUACACACUCGCCAGUCUAUGCUCGAGGCCACUUUGAAGCGGCUACCUAACCUGGAGGUCGUUGAUAUCAACUUCACCAAGAACCCGUACGGCAUUGACUUGUUUGAUCAGGUCUUUCCGUAUCACCACUGUCGCAAACAAGACCGACUUCGCGCCUCAAAGGACCUUGAUGCCAUCCUUUCCGCGCUCCCUCACGCUCGUCUUCAGUCUCUGAGUAUCGAUCAAGUACCCCUGGAGCUCUUUCGUCAUCCAGAUGCUCGGCAGCGAUGGUUCGACUGUGCCCAGACGUUUGCAGGCCUCUCCCGGCUGGAUCUGGUGCUUGAUAUUCCCCGUCAGAUGGGCCCUGCCUCGCGGUCCAGAGCGAUCAACGGGUUGGGACGGGUCCUUCAGUCCGCCAACAAUGUCACACACCUGCGUCUAGCUUUCCACACAUAUCAUGCGCCGGCCGAGAAGUUUGAGCUCUCUUUCAGGGCUCUGUUUGCCGGUGACUUCACCUACAAAAGGCUCACGGAUCUGAAGCUCGAGGGCAUCUCAUGCUCUGAGGAGGAUCUCAAGUCCUUCCUACUCCGCCACUCCCCCACACUCGAGAGACUCCGACUUGGCGGUCGUGGCCUCGCUAAGCCACUUGAGCUCAGUAUCGGAGGCAUACACCUACACAACGGACGGUGGCGCUCGUUAUUCACCGGGCUAAAGGAGAAGCUCACUGCGCUUCAGCGAUUUCACCUGGAAGGCGAUAUUGAGAGCGGUGAUGCUUAUACGCGCACCAGGGAGGUUUGGGAUUUUCUGCCCGUGGUCAGCGAUGACUGGAAUACGGUACAUCAGGAGGAUGGAUUUGAGGGCUGGUAUAAGAAGUCUGCUUCGAGGUGCAAAGAAAACUUUGACUCUCUGGGUCUAGAGCGGUUUUUGAUCUCAGGGGGCCCGUGGCCGAUGUUCAUCAAGUAUGGAAACACGUCCGCCUACCCCAGCCCUUACAGUUCUCCGGGUCAAUCGGGUUCUUCCAGCCCAGUGGAUUCGCCCAGCCCCACGUCUUCGGGCACGUUCAGCUCCUUUGGCUCACCAGCCCCUUCGGUCUGA